AUGGGUCAGAAGGCGGAAGAAACUCUCAGCCGAGUUAAUGGACAUGGAUCCAAUGGAACGACGUCACACGAAGUGCGUAGGACAAAGGAUUACAAUGAUGCCGCAGAUGAGAAGCAACACUUGAACCAGGAACAACAUCACUGCCACGAGAAUGGCAACAAGAAUGGCCAAUGCAAUGGGAACGGCAAGGCAACGGCCGUGGUCAAAUACAGCCGCAGUGAUAGCGGCAAGAAAACUCAAAGUCUAUUCGAAAUUGUCUACGAUAUUAUUCGGGAGAAGGAACAGCGGACCAAAGAAAUGGGAACACUGAUAUUACUGGGCGGCAUGGCUCUGUUAUUUAUUAUGAGCUUAACCGGUUUAUUUGUUAUGUGGUUUACACAGUAUUACAACAAUAAAAUCCUGGAGAAUCUAAUAUUGUCCAAAGAUUCCGAGACCACAAAAUCAUGGAUUGAUCCCAACCCGAAAUAUGAUACAUUUCUUAAAGUACACAUUUUCAAUUAUACAAAUAUUAAAGAUUAUCUCGAAUAUAAAGCGGAUAAAAUAAAGGUGGAAGAUCUAGGACCAUUCCUGUAUAAGGAGCAUACGACAAAAGUUAAUGUGGUGCACAAUGACAACUAUACUGUAACAUUCCGUGACCAUCGCACAUAUCAAUUUCUGCGUGAUCGCUCAUCCCAUGACGAAAACGUUUCUGUGGUCGUGCCGAAUGUCCCCUUUUUGGCUGCCUCUGAGGAAAUCGAAAAGAUGAAGAACCCGUUUACGCGUGGCCUAAGUAUGGGCGCCGUGAGAGCUGCAGGACGCCAUGCCUUUUAUACCCUCAAGGUCAAGGAUUAUUUGUGGGGCUAUAAGGAUCCCAUAUUGAAUAUAAAAAAAACCUUUUUGGGUGGUGACGCCUAUUUUGGUCUAUUGAAAAAUCGUAGGGGUACCAGUGUCGACUCCCUGCAGGUCUAUACCGGCGAAGAUGACAUUCGGAAAUUUAGUAAAAUUACCCAAUUCAAUGGCAAACCUAUGUUGGACUUUUGGACCGAUGAGGAGUGUAAUCGCAUUGAUGGUUCCGAUCCGUCAAUGUUUCCUCCCCACGUUGUGGAGACCCGUGAGCCGUUGAGCGUAUUCCUGCAGGUCUUCUGUCGCAAAGUCCCAUUGCUGUUCGAGAAAGAGGUGACCAUUUACGAUAACAUUGAUGCGUUGCGUUAUCGCACCCCCUUGAAUGUGUUCGGUAAUCCUGAGGAGAAUCCCGACAAUGCAUGUUAUUGUCAGAAUACGAAGCGUUGCAUGCCCAGCGGUGUCAUUAAUGCCACCCGGUGUUAUGAUGAUGCACCAAUUUAUCCCUCAUUUCCACAUUUCUUUUCGGGAGAUCCGAUUAUCUAUAAAGAUUUUGAGGGUAUUGAGCCGAAACAGGAAUUGCAUCAAACAUUUGCCGAUGUUCAUCCACGUUUUGCAUUUCCCAUUAGCGGUGCAUCGCGUAUACAAAUUAAUAUGGCUCUGCACAAGGGGGAUCUGGUGAAAGGCUUGGUGCGACGCUUGGAUGAUGGUGCCAUCUUACCCCUGAUAUGGAUUGAAAUCACAUCGGGAGAUUUUACACCAGAAAUUCUCGAUACUUUGUAUGCCAGUACCUUCGGCCUCAACCUCAUCGAAUAUAUUCUCAAAUAUGGAACCCUUCUAAUGAGCAUCGUAUCGUUUAGUUUAAUUGUGGCGAGUUUCUAUUAUUUGGCCCGCAGGCGUGAAGCGAAUCAAAUGAAAAACGAGAAAAUUCUCACGGCUGAAUUGCGUGCCCUGCAAAACGGUGACAUGUCAACGGCAAGUUUAUCUCAGCUGCAGCAAUAGCAGACGUGAUUUG